AUCCGAGGCUGACGACAUGCAGAGGUCGUCCGCGGUGCUGCGUUCGAAGCUCGAGGCGCAGCAGCAGCGGGAGCAGGCUCGCGCGGCGCGCAGGCGCAGGGAGGAGCUGGAGGCUGCCGAGCUCCGGCGAAGGGAGGAGGAGGCCCGGGCGAGCGCGGGGGCGGCGGCCAGACCGCCGCCCGCGCCGCCGUUCGUCCAGCGGAACAGAAGCGAGCCCCUCCCCGAGGAGGACUUCUGCUCCCCGGAGUACCACCCGAUGCGCAGGGACGCGUCCUGGUCAUCCGACGGUCACACGAGCAGGGAGCCCGAGAUCGACGCGCACGGUUCGAACCCAAACGCCAACCAAAACAAUAACACGACGACCGCCGGUGCGACAUCCGAUGAGGACGGCCAUCCGCAACCGAUAGCUCCGGAGGACGACGUCGCGGACGUGGCCAGGGAGGAGCUCCGCAACAACCUCAAGGCGUUCCUCCCAAAGGUGCACGUCCCGCGGGAGGGGCUCACCCCGGCGCAACUCAGGCUCGGACCCGGCCCCGGCGAGCUGUGCGUCCCGGGAUUUUGCUCGGCGAUGUGCGUGGCGUCGGCGGCGGUGGGCUUUGUGCAGUACGCCUCCCCGGGUACGGCCCCGGUGGACCCGGGAAACGUCCCGGGAAUCAUCAAGUCCCUGCGCAAGAUCGCCAUACGCAACCACCCCGAUCGUAACUCCGUCGCCAAGGUUGGCGAGAACCAGGCGGCCAAGGCGAAGGUGAUCACCGCGCAGGCGACAAACAUGGAGUCGCUUCUGGACGAGUUCGAACACGUCAACGUCAGGGUGCACGUCGACGUCCCGACGGGGCCCGGCGAGGGACCGAGCUCCGCCACGUCCUUCGUCCUCAACCGGCUGCACCUGGGCGCGUCCACGGAGCAGCUCAUGGACCUCGUCCUCGAGGAGCGACCCGAGCUCAGGUCGAGGAGGGACGGACUCGCGAUUUCGUUCGCGUCGGCGCCGGGGCGGCCGGAGAUGAGGCUGCCCAUCGACGCGAGCACGCUGAGGAGCUGGGAGGUGUCCAGGGCGAGCGUGUUCCGGGUGUGGGUGCCGGCGCCGGACUGGAUGGCGUUCGAAUCGUAACGUACGUCGACUCUCGUGAUGUUACUUACAAUCGCGAGUGUUUAGCGCUAGCGGGUCGACGGGAGCAGUUCGCUCGGGCGGCAACGCGAUGGGCGUUGCCAAAAGAAGUAAAGACAAGUAAAGACACGUUCGGAC